AUGCGACGCUUAUCGACCACAACUCCACCACCAAUGGUUCCAUUCAUGGAAGAAAAUCAUCAUUCAUCUGUUUCGGAUCCUCACGAUACAACCACAUUAACCACUACAACCACAUCAAUACUUAAUAAUACAGAAAUAUCAGCAGAGGAUGAUCCAAUCAUUUCGGAUUAUGUUUCCGAGGAUGAAGAAGAAAACAUUGGACCAACCACCUCUCAUGAUGAUGUAAUAACCACCAAUCCUACGAACAAUACAUCUUCUCAAAAUAUAUCCAAUCCUAACACAUUAUCCACCAACAUGACUUUAUCAUCAUCACCUGAAACCACAGAAUCAUCAUCCUCACUUCCACCACAAUCAUCAACCAAUGUACAGUCCAAUUCCAAUCCAAAUACUCAUUCAGAUGUAGAUUCCAUGUGGUCAUGUAAUAUUUGUUUUGAUACAGCCAAUGAACCAGUGAUUACUCAAUGUGGUCAUUUGUAUUGUUGGUCAUGUCUUUAUAGAUGGAUGCAAAGUCAUUCUACUCAAAAUUUACAAUGUCCUGUUUGCAAAGCAGGUAUUCAACAAGAUAAAAUAAUUCCAAUUUAUGGAAGAGGAAGUAGUCAUUCGAAUCGAAAUGUGGAUUCUACAUCUACAGAUAAUCACUCCACUCAUAAUGGUAUUCCUUCAAGACCUCGUGCACAAUAUACAGAUUCUAGAACAACACCAAAUCCAAAUUAUAAUCCAUUUCAUAAUAUGGGAAAUUUAUUUGGAGGAGGUAAUUUCUUUGGAAUGGGAGGAGGAUUUGGAGGUGCUGUUGGUGGAGGAGGUAUUCAUGCAAGUAGUAGUAGUAGUAGUAUUGGCACUGGAGCAUCAACAUUCUUAUUUGCAGAUGCAUUUCGAUUCUUUCCAUUUUUUGAUAUUCAAUACAGUGGUGGUGGUGGUGGUCAGAGUGAUGGUGGUUUAGGAAUGACAACCACUUCCAAUUCGACUCGUUUACAUCCACCUCCUUCUGAACAAGAAGAAUUUCAGGGCUUUGUUCGACGAUUGGCAUUCUUUUUGGAUUUUUAUUGCUGUUCUACAUUAUAUUUGUGUAGGAACAUGUGA